AUCAAUAAUCGACUCAACUGGGAUCAUAAAAACAAAAAAUAUGGCUUCUGAAGCUGAAAAGGACAAGUGCCAGAGCUGGCUUGCGAAACAAGAUUUGGACAAAGUCGGAGUCGAUAAUUUGAACCCACUCACCGAGGAGGUUAUCUCUCGACAAGCCACGAUUAAUAUCGGAACUAUUGGCCACGUAGCCCAUGGAAAAUCCACUCUGGUGAAAGCGUUCUCCGGUGUGCAUACUGUCAAGUUCAAAAGAGAGUUGGAAAGAAAUAUUACUAUCAAACUUGGAUACGCUAAUGCAAAGAUCUACAGAUGUUCUAACCAAGAGUGCCCAAGGCCAGGAUGUUACAGAUCCGCCGGUUCAUCAACACCCGAUCGGUUCCCAUGCGAGCGCGCCGGAUGCGGUGGAGAAUUCACCUGUGUUCGCCACGUCUCAUUCGUCGAUUGCCCAGGUCACGACAUUCUUAUGGCCACCAUGUUGAACGGAGCCGCUGUCAUGGACGCCGCGUUCUUGCUCGUCGCCGGAAACGAACCAUGCCCACAGCCACAAACAUCUGAACAUCUCGCCGCCGUCGAGAUUAUGCAGCUGAAUCAUUUGAUGAUUCUUCAGAACAAGGUCGAUAUUAUCAAGGAGUCGCAAGCCCGCGAAAAUUACGAGCAAAUCGCCGGAUUUGUGCAAGGAACGGUCGCCGAGAAUGCUCCAGUCAUCCCGAUUUCUGCGCAGCUUAAAUAUAAUGUUGAUCUCGUUUGCGAGUAUCUUUGCAAGAAAAUCCCCGUGCCAGUCCGUGACUUCAAGUCGCCGGCUCGUCUCAUCAUUAUCCGAUCAUUCGAUGUUAACAAGCCAGGAUCUGAAGUUGAAAACUUGAAGGGAGGAGUCGCCGGAGGAACAUUGACCAAGGGAAUUCUGCGCGUCGGACAAGAAAUCGAAGUUCGCCCGGGAAUCGUCUCAAAAACCGCGACCGGUCAACUCCAAUGCCGUCCGAUCUUCUCCCGUAUCGACUCUCUGUUUGCCGAAAAGAACCAGCUGGAAUACGCCGUUCCCGGCGGUCUCAUCGGUGUUGGAACGAAGAUCGACCCGACACUCUGCCGUGGAGAUCGACUCGUCGGUCACAUCCUCGGAGCCGUUGGCACUCUUCCAGAUAUCUUCAUCGAAAUUGAAAUCUCCUUCUAUCUUCUGAGAAGAUUGCUCGGAGUUCGUACUGAAGGAAAGAAGAAGGGAGCCAAGGUGCAGAAGCUUGUCAAGGAAGAGACUUUGCUGGUGAACAUUGGAUCGUUGUCAACGGGAGGAAGAGUUACUGCUGUGAAGGGAGACGCCGCGAAGAUCAGAUUAAACGAUCCUAUUUGCACAGAGGUUGGAGAGAAGAUUGCCAUGUCACGUCGUUUCGAGAAGAGUUGGCGCCUGAUUGGCUGGGGAACCAUUCGCAAAGGUCAAACCGUUGAGCCGUACAAGAACUAGCGGCUAUCAUCGAUUUGUUGUCUACACCGGUUUUGACAUAUUAUUAAUCUUUUCCAAUUGUUUCUCUCCGUUUUUGUCUCUCUAUUAGUCCAAAAAAUUUUGUCGGAUCCCUGUUUUGGUUCUUUUUUCUGUCCUCCUCCUGUUUCCUACUAUUCCACUUCCAGUUUCAUUGAUUAUUUUUCUUUUUGUUGAAAGUGUGCUUGGUGUUUUUUCGAUAAAUUAUUGGAUUUGA